UACACAGUCAUAAUCAAUCGGAUCUCAAUCCUUUCCAACCGCAGUUGAAGCAUGUUAUCGUUAUUCUCGUUCUAAUUUGUCGUCCCUCGUGCUCUCUGGACAUGAUUCUAACGUCAGCCGAGAGGCCAGUUCGAUGGCGUCUACUAACCCAUGUCCUGGCCUAUCCCUCUCAUUCACACGCAAACCAUCGUGGUUGCGUAUUUCGUCUCUUACGUUUCUCAUAACGAAACACUCGCUCAAGCUGCUUGGCAACCAUGGACCGCUUGCUAUCUAUCUUGUCUUGUCAUGUGUGCCUUGUCACACUAGCCACC